AUCGUGACAAUCCCUGCCCAAGGGGGACAGGCACGGUCGUGGGUGGCAGCAUGGGUGGUGGGAAGGGAGAAGAUCCAUGAAGAUCCUCGGAGUUGGGGCUCAGGAGCGAAGCUGAGGCGGAUCCAGGAGCGGGAUCGUGGCUGGGAGAGGCCUCCAAGGCUGGGCAGUGCCAGGGGAGCCCACAGGACCUGGAUGCUGGAGGAGGACCUGCUGAACGACGACUGCACCACGGGCAGCGGGUCUGGGCUGCCUUUCCUUGUCCAGAGGACGGUGGCUCGGCAGAUCACCCUCAUGGAGUGUGUGGGUAAGGUUUCAUCGCCUCUGACAUGACCUCCAGGAACUCCAGCACACAGCUCUGGCUCAUCACGCACUACCACGAGAACGGCUCCCUCUACGACUUCCUGCAGAGGACAGCCCUGGACGUGGACACCUGCCUGGGCCUGGCCUCCUCCAUCAUCUGCGGCCUCGUCCACCUCCACGUGGAGAUUUUCGGCACUCAGGGCAAGCCUGCCAUCGCCCACCGGGACCUGAAGAGCAGGAACAUCCUGGUGAAGAGCAACCGGCAGUGCUGCAUGUUCUGUCGGCGCUGGCGAGGAUCAUGAAGGAGUGCUGGUACCAGAGCCCCUCCGCCCGUCUCACCGCCCUGCGCAUUAAAAAGACCUUGAAGAAGCUCAGCAAUUCC